AUGUUAAAGCGCUGGUAUCAGAAGUAUGGACGCCAUGCUAUGCAAAAGCUAAGAUGCAAGAAAUUCGCUUUGCCAAAGAUAGCUCACAAGAAAGGUAUCGCUUUGCCAAAGAAGAACUUCGAUGUUCCUUCAUUCAUCAAGAAACACCCAUAUUACUUUUUCUACCAACUCUACAAAGGUACAAGAUAA